AUGACCCUGGUCCUAGUUCAAAUUUGCCUAUAUCACGUUGGAGCAAUCAAAAAUUUUGAAAAGUGCAACAAUUUGAAUAAAGUUGAGCCACUUAUUGGUGUAGAAGAUUUGACUGAUGUUGUUCCUCCAAGUGUUGAGCCUUCAUUGGUGCCCAGCCCACAUAUAGUGGUUGAAAUUGGAAGUGAUGUUGUAUCCCCAUCUGCAACAGAAUUGGAGAGCGCUAUUCCAGAUUCUGAACCUGAGGAUUUUAAAGAUGAUGAAGAAGACAAGAAUGAAUCCCUUACUGUUGCAAUGAUAGCGGAAAUGGAAGCCAGCAUCUAUGGCUUACAGUUUCCAUCUUCCUAACUGUCAGUAUUGCUAUGUGUAAAGUAAUGCUACA